AUGGCCCGUUUUUGUUGGGCACUGGUGCUCUCAAUGUCCUUGCUGGCCAGCAAUGCUUUUCUUAACAUGCUGCAAGCCAACACCAUACAGCUGGCCGGCAGACAGGUUGUUGCAAAAGAGCAAGUGGCCUCAACUCUCAGAGAACUGUUGUCGGCGGGAGGGAAGUUGUCUCGUCAGCAAGUUUCUGUCAAAGUGAAUGCUGCUAUGACUGAAGCUCUGGCGGCAGAUAUUCCAAACAGCAAUCCUGUGCAUGAGCCGUUCAUGGGAAUUUUUUAUGCUGGUCGAGUGUGCCAGCUGGUUGGAAUUCCAUGUGCAAUGGAUCGGCUGCCCGGCAUGCAAGGAAUCAUGGCUGUUGAUGAUGUGGAUGAAAGCAGUGUGGUAAGCGCAAACGAAAGUGUGGCUGGUGCUUUGUCUCUGGUGCCUGUGUCAAAAGCGGCCGCUGUGGAAGCAAUUGACUUGGAGAGUGACGAAACGUCGGGAGUGCACGCGGGGCAUGGUGGAGCCAGUGGAGCACCUGGCAACUCUCCAUUGGGCAGGGCAGUGGUGCUCUGGCAGGGCAGCAAACGAAGACGAACUUCAGCUGCUGGUGAUACCGGUGUGCAGACUGAAACUGAAGCAGCCCGACGUCAGCAUGACCUUAGGGAGGCUGCAGCUGCAGAACGUGCUCAGCUGGCGCAGUUGGAUGUGCCUGUAUUAGUCACGAAGCUGAUGCAAGCCACUACAUCCUCCGAGAAGAAAACCGCACGUAUUCAGCAAUUGCAAGCCCAAGUGAGGAACCUGAACAAGAAGCUCGCCAAUGCAAAGAGAAAAGAACAGGCAAGCAAAGCAUUGGCGCUGAAAGCAAAGGAAGACAUCAACGUAUUCGAGAUGGAGAAGCUUGGCAAGAAGAGAGAGGGCAGGGCUGGCCGGUGGUCGUUGCAGUCCAGGCUGUCCAUGGGCUUCCGCUGCAGUCUAUCGACAGUCGCCGCCUGUGAUUUCGGUUUGAUUAGUAUGGUCGACAUCUCGAAGCAGACGGUGCUAAGGGCAGAGCGCAUCACCGGCGCCGCUGUGGUGACAUUGAUGCAAUCCUUCGCGAAGGAGGGUCUCGGAUUAGCGCUGGCCGCGUCAGAGGCCGGCAACGGUGGCAGUGGUGGCGACUGGUCCCUGUUUGGUGUUGGGUUUCGGAGCGAUGCAACGAAUGCCAGUGUUUGGCGCCGCAAGAAGUUACAUGUUCUGGAGGGCCGGGUGAUGUAUGUUUCCGACGCCGAGCAGCUGUCGGACCUUCAGACCGUGGAGAGCAAUGCGACGGCAAUGGACAUACUGGCCUUGGUGCUGAAGCAGCUUGCAGCGUUGGGCGUUCCGGGCCCUCAUGACAUCGCAAGGUUGCAGAGGGAAGGACGAAUUGAUCCUCUUGCGUCCGUGUUUGUCAUGGCAGACACCACAGACGCCGGUGCGGACCAGGCGGCACGCCGUCGGCACAUGAUGUCGGCUGUGGCUGAUCUCAACGGCUUCUUCUACAUUGAUGUGAACUGUGCCCUCCAUCAAUUUCAUUUGAUGGUCAAGGAUAACCUGCAGAUCCUGGAUAAUUUUCUGGGCUCGCUGCCUGCCUGCUUCAGUCAGGGUUUCGAAGCCUACACCUCCAAUCUGGCGAAGUGUGCGAAUUUCUGGCGAACGCACGUGUCGGAUUUUAUUGAUUCAUGGGAGGCCAUUCAUGGGCCGAGCAAAGCCAGCAACAGAACCAAGCCAGAGCCUGUUGCCUACAGGCGCUUUCCGCUGCAAGUCAUUUCAGGCAGAUGGGGAAGUAUCGAGAGCUGCGAAUCCUUCUUUGUAGAACGGUCCAGGCAACUUCUCGAGCCAGUGUUCCUUUCAGUUCUCUCCAAAUAUAUGAAGGCCGCCGGUGCAAAAAAGAAGCCGAAGAAGACGGCGAAGGAAUCGAAGGAAGAUGGGGCUGCUGCCGCAGCUGGAUCUUCGGCCGACGCGCCCGACCAGCAACAGAAGCGCGGUCCCGAUCUUCUGGAUCAGGCAGAAGAGCGAGAAGCUUACCGCUUGAAACUGAGCAAGUGGGCGGAUGGGGCGCUGAAGACCAUCAAGAGCCCGCUGUUUUGGCUUUUCUUGCAUGUUGGCAGUCAGGCCCGAUCUCCGUUGUCGAAAUUUUUUGCGUGGGCUCAGAAGAAUUCCGACAAGCGUCUCAUUCAGCAGCUAGUCACUGGCCGAGCGCAAGAGUUCCAGGAGGAGUUCGACAAACUGAUACAGACGUUUUCCGCUUGGUUUGCCGCUGCUGUGAAGGACGCAGGUGCGGAAGGAUUGCCAGCCGAAUUGAUGAACUUGGCACGGACUUUGGCCUUCAAACUUGUGGUUCAUGCUUCGGCAAGCUUUUCCAUGCGGGUGACGACACAAAUGCAGAGGUACCCUUACAAGUUGUUUUGGAUGCUGAAGCGGGCUCCUUUCUCCCGCUGCUCGGACAGGCAGCGGAUCGCGAAAGAGAUUUUGGAUUCCGCCUCUGAGCUAUUGGAGUCAAACUGUCGCAAGCUCAAGUUUCUUUAUUUGUCCGAGCUCCGAUUCGUCGCAGAGGAAGGCCGGUUUGAUCAAAGCGCCAGCGAACAAGGUUCCAGGCUUUAUGCAGUCAUUUCGACUAUGUCCGAACUGUUGAAAGGCGACACCCAACUUGUCGAAUCCAUAAACUCGAUUAUCCGCCUCAUCAGCACAAGAUGUCCUUCCAUUGAUUUGGAAACCCUUUCUGCACGUAUUACUGUGAAGAAAGCGUUGACACCUGAGUUGCCUGCGUCUGGCAAAGGCAAAGGCUAUGCCAACAAGCGAUGGUCUGUGGUGUCAUCGCACGCGAAGCCUUUGCUCAUGGAGCUUAGUCUAGCAGGGACUGCGUACAAACAGACGUUGGACAACGUUAAGCGAUUCAGCCAGCCGAUGCGAACAAACAUGCCUGCUCUCGAAUCUACGCUCCAGAACACGGACUUGUCAAGGGCUUUGCCGGACAUGCGGCGCACUCCCCAGAAGCAGUGGGUGUCAUCGCAAGCUACAAAGCUCAAAGCAUCCAUCGAAGCAGCGCGCCGCGAGUCAGCUAGAUUGAAGGCUUUUGCGCCUUUGCGGCCGGCGUGCUUGACAGUCUUCUGUAUAAGACGUGCUUCAGACCGCCAAAAUCAAGACUUUUACUUGCAGCUGUUGACGUACCGCUCGCUGCUGUUGGUUGUUCGCCUCAAGUGUGAAGCAGAUGGUUCUUUGCGUUUGCCGCAGCGCAGUGGGACGGAGAUCUUCACUACCGUGGAACUGCUGACUGGCCUUCACUCUGGCUGCUUUGACCCCGUGGCGCCCCAAACUUUCGAAGUUUUCUGCAUGAGCGCAAUGCAUGUGGAUGGUGCACGCUUGAUGUGCUUGGAUGAGCAGAGCGUGAAUGUUGGGUCUGCUGCUGGCCUGAUCGGCCUGAGCUCAACCACGGCAUCUCCGCUCGGGCAGGAAGCCAUCACCUACAUCAAGAUGGAAAAAGUUGAGAAAGCCACUGCAGCGCCCAAGGCAGCCGUGUCAGAGGCCAUUGCAGAUGCUGCAGGCCCGACUGAUAGUGACAGUGAUUUGUUGAACUCCGGCUACGGCUUUGCUGAGGACGUUGAAAAUUCCAACGCAGAAGCAGCCAAGAUGGACGAGGAGCUGGGAACAGAGCUCAUCGAGGCGGAAAAAGCUGCUCGCAUUCGAAAAGCAGUUUCUGGCAAGAAAAAACCCGACGCACAGUCGUCAGGGACAGCACCUUCCAUUGGCGUGCAGUGCACAGAUAUCUCCCUGCUUGAUGAAGCGGUGCAGCUCGUGGAGAAUAUGCACUCCCACCACGGUUUGUCUCGCGAUGAACUGGAAGAAGAAGCAGUAUUGAUGCUGGUGCGCGCUGCACAGGACAAGCCCGCCAAGCCCCCUGCGUCAGGUCAGGCCGACGAGCUGCAGCAGCUGUUAGUCACCCCACCUGAGCGCAAGCAGCAGUACGCUUGCUUUGAAGACGAUCAAUCGUUUCUUCAGCGUAUCCUUGGCUCAGGGGACCCGGACGCAGAGGAUGCAGGUGCAGAUGGAUCGGACACUGAAGAAGCCGAUGCCAGCAUGGCACAGCCUGUCGCUGUGCUCGCGGCAACAUCGGAGGUUUCUUCCAAUCCUGUGAAAAUCGAGGCUGCGCUGGAGAGGCGCCAACUCAAAACAACGCAGCGAGCAGCUACACUGUGGGCAAAAUCCUUCUCAGCCACACUCGCAAGCAUUCUGGACAGGAGCCGAAGAAUGCAGUGCGGCUUGGGACACAACGAGGAGGUAUCCUUGCUAGCCACACGUCCGUGCGACAUGCUGGCGCAGUCAUUUAGUGCUGACGCUGCAAGCACACACGGCCAAGAUUCGGCAAUUGAGAUUGUGUGCGUGAAAUGGACGGAUCCUCUCAAAAGAGAGGGCCGAACUGCUCGCAUAGAUGCGAAGAUGCGUGUGGUCUGGGCUCCCGCUCAGCUCUUCGGCAAACCAGUGCCGACGCAAUCUUUCUCAAUGGACGAGUACACUGAUUUGUUGCACGCAAGCGGCGCGCAGUCUCGCCGUUACAGGGGACAGUGCCGAGAUUCUUUUCCAGAGCAUGUGAUCAGAUUUGUGGCUUUCUGUCGCUUGAUCUGCAGCUACGCAAAUCAAGCACCUCGGUAA